AGAAACAAUUCACUGCCUGCAUUCGAGUUCUCUGGGUUCAAUUCUAGCUGCAGCAGCCUUGCUGCAAAAAAUUGCUUUGCUAUUCGAGAUAGCCAGCAGAGGGAAUCUGAACUUUACUUGCAGCAGGGGUUGAAGCAGCCUUUUUUUUUUUUUUUCUUGGAGGAAAUACUGCAGCCUUCUGGACUGCAUACGCUGUUCCCUGGAGAGGCUCUCUUGGUUCCACCCACCAGCUGGAAGGAGGGGAAGUGAAUGAAAGGACAGGACAAGCCCUGAACACCAUGUCACUCUGGGAGGGAGACAGCAGCAACUAAGCUGUGUGAGGUUUUUUUUUUUUUUUUUUUUUUCUUUUUUUUCUUUUUCCCUUUCCCUUUCCUACCCCCUCCCAUUUCUUCUCUCUUUUUCUUUCUCUCUUUCUCUCUCUCUCUCUUUCUCUCUCUCUCUCUCUUUUUUGUUUUUGUUUUCUUUUUCUUUAAGGUGAGGGGAAAAAACUAAAAGGAGACAGGAAGCUGAUCUACAAGGAUUCGGAGUUGUGCUAAAAGGACUUUGAUUUUUUUUUUUCCCUUUACAAACGCUGGCAAUUGACAUCACUACAGACUGCCUGGUUAGAGAACAAACUGCCUCAUCCCAAGUGGACCCCCGGCAGCUGAGGGAAAGCAGGCAAGAUCUGAGGAAGCUGUCUGUUUUUCUUUUUUCCCGUACGGAUCCUCAGAUCCUUGUCCUUUUUUUUUUUCUUCUGGUGUGUUUCUUUUUUAAAUUCUUGCUGUGUUGGAACUAGCGAGUGGUGGAAAACAAGGAAUCUCUGAAGCCUCAUCAGUCAUCGGUACUGUCAGGAAUAGUGGUUUAAGAGGAAGCUCGGCCUGGGGGCACUAUACCCUGUCAUCCAGUUCCCUGCCUCGGAGAUAAAGAUUCCAGCUACAUGGGCAAACGCUUGGAUCAGCCACAAAUGUACCCCCAGUACACUUACUACUACCCUCAUUAUCUCCAAACCAAGCAGUCCUAUGCACCAGCUCCCCACCCCAUGGCUCCUCCCAGUCCCAGCACAAACAGCAGCAGCAACAACAGCAGCAACAACAGCAGUGGGGAACAGUUGAGUAAAACCAACCUGUACAUUCGAGGCCUCCCACCAGGCACCACUGACCAGGACCUAAUUAAGCUUUGCCAACCGUAUGGAAAAAUUGUAUCCACAAAGGCAAUUCUUGACAAAAACACGAAUCAGUGCAAAGGUUAUGGUUUUGUAGAUUUUGACAGUCCUGCAGCUGCCCAAAAAGCAGUAGCAUCUCUCAAAGCAAAUGGUGUGCAGGCACAGAUGGCCAAGCAACAAGAACAAGACCCAACAAACCUAUACAUCUCAAAUCUCCCCAUUUCUAUGGAUGAGCAGGAGCUUGAGAAUAUGCUGAAACCUUUUGGACAUGUCAUUUCCACAAGAAUACUAAGAGAUGCUAAUGGAGUCAGCAGAGGAGUUGGCUUUGCCAGAAUGGAGUCUACUGAAAAAUGUGAAGUGGUAAUUCAACAUUUUAAUGGAAAAUAUCUGAAAACACCACCAGGUAUCCCAGCCCCCAGUGAGCCUUUACUGUGCAAAUUCGCUGAUGGAGGACAAAAGAAGAGACAGAAUCAAAGCAAAUAUACACAGAAUGGGAGGCCUUGGCCCCGGGAAGGAGAGACUGGCAUGGCACUGACCUAUGACCCCACAGCCGCCAUACAGAAUGGAUUUUAUUCUUCACCGUACAGUAUUGCAACCAACCGCAUGAUUCCACAGACAUCUAUCACGCCAUUCAUUGCUGCUUCCCCUGUCUCCACAUAUCAGGUCCAGAGUACUUCAUGGAUGCCUCAUCCGCCAUACGUUAUGCAACCAACAGGUGCUGUGAUUACACCAACAAUGGACCAUCCUAUGUCAAUGCAGCCAGCCAACAUGAUGGGGCCCCUGACACAACAGAUGAAUCAUCUUUCUUUGGGCACAACAGGAACGAUUCAAUCCCAAGACAGGAUUAUGAUACUCCACCAGCUGUUGUGUCAGUAUAUGACUGCAGCCGCUCCUAUGCAAGGGACCUACAUUCCCCAGUACACGCCUGUGCCUCCGACAGCUGUUUCUAUUGAAGGUGUUGUUGCUGAUACCUCUCCCCAGACAGUGGCACCUUCAUCCCAGGACACCAGUGGUCAGCAGCAACAGAUAGCAGUGGACACAUCCAAUGAACAUGCGCCUGCAUAUUCUUACCAACAGUCUAAACCGUAAACAAGACUGAAGAUUGUCUGUUUGAAACUUUGCCUUGAAUGAAGAAACUUCAGUGAACAAGAAGUUGGCUUCCAGUUUGCACAGACGUCAAUGGAAUGCUUUUUUUUUCUUUUUAACUUUCUACUUUGCCCAAUGAAAACAAAGUGUUUUAUGUACUGUGCAAAUGGUUCUUUCAUGUGGUCUGACAGUUUGUUUUUGCCUUUUUUUUUUUUAAUUAAAGAAAGAUAAAUCCCAGAAGAGGGGUAAAAACAUCAAAACAAUACAUGGAGCUUGAUAUGUUAAUCUGGAAGAACAUUUGAAUUCAGAAUUUACCUGAAGUUGUACAUAGAGGGUUUUUUUGUUUUUGUUUUGUUUUGUUUUAACAGAAAAUCUGAUGUCAAGAGAUAGGCAAGGAAAUAUGGAAACAAAUUAUCUUCCUAAAUAAUUAAGCUACUCUUUCUCUUUCUUGUUUAAAUCUUGUGGGUUGGGUUUUAUUUUUAUUUUCUCUUAGAAAUAUUUAGUAAAGUUUAUCUUGAAUCUUAAUUGCCUUAAUUUUGAGGACGUCAAAAGCUCUCGAGGCAAGCUAUCAACGUCUUGUUUUAAGAAAUCAAGAAAGAAUUGAAAUAUUGUGCCAGCUUUAACUGGUUCAGAAGUCUAAGACUAUUGAGUUUUUUGGGUGAAAAAAAACUGUACAGUUUAAAAGAAAAUGUUUUUCUUCAUUUGAAGAAAAUUUGUUGAUAAAAGAAACCAUGGCAACUGCGAGAAUUUGGAAAAUGCUGGACUUCUCAUGAACUUUGUCUUAAAUGUUGAAUCAUUCUAGAAGGCUAAAACAUUUUAUGGUAAAGUUAUUAAUGUUGGUUUAAAAACAACUGCAUUAGAAAUAAUGCGUGUUUGGGGGGCAGAAUGCAGAUUUUUUUUAUUUACGAAGCGUGAUCGCUAGCAAAAGCAUUAGUGCUUUUUAUCUGCAGUCUUUUUUAUGAGCUUUACAAAGUUUUUAGUCAGCUUUGCUUGUCACAUUGCAAAACCUAGAUUAAGAGCAUUAAAAAAAAUUUUAGUAAGUAGGAGCUUCUGUCAAAAAAGUGCAAACAAACAAACAAAAAAACACAAAAAAAGCAAUAGAUAGAGAAAUUGUUGACAAUUUCUGUAGUCUUUCCUAGUUGUGAUCAAAUUCAGCCUAUGGAUGGCCUAUUUUAUACCAAAGAUGAAGUGGCACCCUAUUGCAGUCAAGAAGAUAGAGAAUGUUUUUCUUUUCUUCUCUCUUCGUUUAAAAUUUUUAUUUGACCUACAUUGGCCGGACCAGUUUUUAUGUUGUUAUGUGUUUAAACUACCUUCCACUGGUGUUUUACAUACUGCAAUUUUUUUUUAUUAUAAUUGUAAAUUUGUUGAUAGUAAAAAGCUUGCACUAGCUGUGUUCAGCAGUUUCAGCAUGAAGAAUUCUGGAUACCAACUAAUGGAGAGCCGAACGACAUUAGAUUCCAUGAGCUUUUCUGGUUCUUUGUUAGCUCUCUUGUGUAGUGAAACCUGCAUUGAUGGUCAUCAAUAAGCUAAGACUCUUGUUUAACAGGUUGAAUUUUCUCUAUGUGGAUUUUGAACUGAAGACAUUUCCCGAACCUGGUCUGAAAGGUCACAUGUCAAAAAGCUUCGUAAAAUAUGUUAAGUGCUGAAUGGUCUCCUGAAAAGGUCUUGUUGUAUUUGUAACAAUAGUCUUCCUUCUAAAUUCCAGAAUCUUUUGGUUUUCUUCUCACCUUAGUAUCUUCCAUCAUCCACCAUGAAUAACCACCUUGAUUCUGAAGUUGGGGAGGGGAUGUUUUCUUUAUUGCCUCUUUUCACUGUAUUUUCAUAUCCUGUUGUUGUCAGAAGAAAGAUAAAUUGCAACUUUUUUUUUACUUUAAUUCUCUGAGGCAAGUAAAACAGUAAAAUUAGGAGUUCUAUAGGAUUUAGGCAAGCUUUUUAAAUGCUAGUUGACAAUCAAGGAAUUAUAAGAUUUAUUUUAAUAAGACCCAAAAUAAUUAGGUUUGAUCAAUCCUUAAAGCCAAAGGUGAUAUAUUUGUAUUGAGAAUGAUGCAAAACUUUGUCUUAAAAAAUGAUGUAAAUUUACUUAACAAACAUUUGCAUAUGUGACUCAUGGAACCCAUGUUGAACCUAUAUAGUUCUACCAGAAAUGGAACUGAUUUAAUUUAGCCAUAUGCUAGAAUUGCUUUCUGAGCUACUAGUUAAAUUGAAAUAGGUGGAACAUUUCUCACAGAAAAGAAAGAGAGAAAGAAAGGAAGGAAGGAAGGAAGGAAGGAAGGAAGGAAGGAAAGAAGAGAGGAAGAGAGAAAGAAAAAAAUAAAAGGUCAUAGGAACUUUUGCCCAGAAGAAAGAAGUAAGCAAACUAAGUGCAUUGUAAGAGAAAAUAGGGUGUACUUUUAAAAAUGAAAACAAUUUGGAAAUUAAAUCACCAUGAGCCUAAUAUGUAAUGUGAGCACUUAACCGGGUGCACCACCACCUGGCCCCAAUGAGCCUAAUAUGAAACUGUUAAUUUUACACUGUUUGUGAUCUACAAAGGCCUAGUACUGAAAUAGAUUCAAUUCUCUUAUGUCUUACCCUAAUUGAAAAUGCUAAUCUAAAGAGUGACUAUCUUUGCAGUCAAAUUGGAGGCAAAAAUGUAUCGGAGAAAUUGCCAUGCACCACAGAGAAAUUCCAGCUGGUCACAUUCAUCCAUAAAAUUUUCUGUGCUUUAGGGAGAAUCAAAAUGUGCUUUCUUUCAGCCUACUUUUCAGCUUCUUGUGUAUUUUAAGAGUAGCACUUAGUUUUAUCUUUGAGAAGUGAGCCCCUGAGUUAUAGGGGAUAUUAGCAAAGUUGUAUGGAAACUGCUUUCUGUUUCUCUUGCUCAAUCCUUGAACUCUUUGUAUAAAUAAGGAUUAUCCUGGGCAUAAGUCAUUUGAAUAUGAAAACAACAUGCUUUCUUUUGUUUCUGUAAAAAAAAAAAUCAUGUGAUACAAGAAAGUCUCAUUUACACAAUCAACAAUGAGGCUAAGAGGUAGCUACCAUGUGGCUAAUGAAUGUGCCUAGGUAACUUCCUGUUUAUAUUCAAAACUACUGCUUUAUUUAUACAUUCAGAAGCAUUUUUUUUUUCAACUGAAAUUUCAAUGGUCUCAAUCUCUUUUUUUAAGCCACCUAAGAUAAAAGAAAUUUACUGUUAUUUUAUGUGUCCAUGUGCGCCUUUGUGUUUAGAUUUUUUUUUUUUUGUAUCAUGACAUUCUAUAGGGUAUCUUAUUUCAGACCAAUAAGGGAAGAAAAGGGGGGAAAGAACCCUGUUCAAAUUUGCUUCCCUAUAUCUGUCAUCUUACCUUAGUGUCAAGUCUGAAGGGGGAAAAAAAGAAUCAGACAGAUAAUCAAAGGCCAGGCAGAUAAUGUAUGAAAAGUAAACCAAAAUCUAUGUUGAUAGAUGUAGGCAGUAGAAAUUUCAUUGAACCAACAGUCCAGUAAUUUUAAUUCUAUAGAAUUAUAGUCAUCUUAAAAGUAUUCUGGCCCCCUAGAUUGUCAAAUAUUUAUACAAAUGCUCCAAACUUUCCUUUUGAUUUUAAUUCCUAAGACCUAGCUUAAACAUCAGGAAACAGAUAAAAUCCUCAACCCAAAUGGCAUAAAAACCAAUAAACUCCGGUUGCAUGAUCAAUGUAGUAGUGAGUUUUCUCCUAGUAGUGGAGGCGACAUGUACAUAGUGACUGGACGCCACUACGUAUGGCCAUGUCUCCUGACCCCGAGUAAACCUAAAGGCUAUAGUAGCAAAUACCGGUGACUCUUUGUCCUUAAACAUUGAACACAUUUUGGAUAUUGCAAAUAGGAUAAUAUUAUUUAAAAUAAUAAUAAUAAAUUCUCUAUCUGACUUCAGUUUUGGCCAGGGUUAGUUUUCUCCUUCAUAGUUCUAGGUCAUUCAGAUAAUAUCCCAUGUUUCACAUAAACCAAUUACUCCUGUCAUGUUAAAAGAUCUGCCACAUUUGACGCCACAUAAAACAUUUCUACCUACCCUGCCCCCUCCCCUAUAAAAAAGUAAAUGUUAAAAAAAAAAAGAAACAUUUAGAGGGAAGGCAAAGAGGAGAAGGCUAUGUGGAGCUGGAAUUUCACUGGAUCUACUGGAAUACUAUAACCACUUGCAAAAAAAAUGCUUUGAGUUUAUUUUCAAUUCAUUUAUAACAAAAGUAAUUUAUUUAAAAAAUGUUUAAAUAGUUACGAUAAUUAUUAUGAAUCCAUGCAUUUUUUUAGUGACCAAAAUGUUGCCAUAAUGAAAAAAUGUGAUUUGAUUUCAAAAAACCCUACAGUCUCUAUGAUUGAGAAGUUGCAGUGGGUUGUCUAGACAGACUGUUCUAUUAGUGGGAGACUAAACCUACCUUUGAUGAUUCAAUCUUAUUCUUAAUUUGAGUGUACAAUCCAAGGCAGAUGGUCUGAUAGAGAUUUUUAGUGAAAAAGUUCUUAUGUGAUUUAAAAACCAAAUGAAAAGAUGGUGUUUAUGUAUGUAUUCAAUAUAUAUAUAAUCGAAAUCAGCACCUUUGAGGAAUCGUACUUCAUGAUAAAAUUUACACGUCAUCAAGCCUUGUUCUUUCUAUAUUGUCAUGCCUUGAAAAGUGAAAGAUGAGAUUUUUGACUUUUUGUUAUGGUUGGCAUGAUUCAAUAUCACCAGAAGCGCUAGUCUUUCACUCCAGUCUAAAGUAUUGGUGUACUUCAAACAAAUUGAUUGAGUUUGUGCUCUAUUUCUUUCCCGUGGCACAGUAAUAAUAUAAUUUAAUUAACAAAUCAAUUCCUUUUACAAAUGAUAUCUAUGGGGAGGGCAUUGGAAGACAGUUAAAUCUACCUAAAGUUUGACAUUUCUUACCAAAUAUUCUUAAAUAUUAAAUUGAUCCCUUAGUGUAAUGCUCUUAGUCAUGACGGCCCUUUGUGGAUUACAAAGUUCAGGAAAGUACGAAAGCUAAAUACAAAAAUCCUUAAGUGAACUCAAGAGUUUUUCAGUGAUCUUUAGUAGGACAGGAAUACUCACUCCAGGCCAGUUAUUUGGUUUUAAAGACAACACGCGCGCGCACGCAUACACACAUACACACACACACACACACACACACGGUAUAUUCAUUUCUUUAUACUUCUGGGAAGAAAGAUAAUGUUUCAAGAAGCUUCCUUCACCCAGGAAGCUCUACAGCUGAAGCAGACAUGAGAUCCAGUUUGGAAAGUGCAGGAAGAAACAGUAGGUUAUAGUCACAGUUUUCCAUUUUAGUCUUGCCAGUUAGCAGCUGCCCCUACUAAUAACUGAUUCUUGCAGAAAUACAGUCACUCUCACUCUCAAUUUUUGAAGGGCUAAUUAUCUACUUUGUGAAUUUGUUUUUGUCUUUUGUUUUUUCAACUGUAAGCCUUAGGCUCUUUUUCCUUUUUACCUUAAGAGUUCAAGAAGAGACAAUUGGAAGUAAAAUUCAAAGCAGUCUAUUUUGUUUCCUAAUAAGUAUACAUUAAUUCAAGGAACAUAAAAUAUUGGUAAAAUUAAUAUUAGGGCAUUAUACAUGUUUUUUUAUCACCUAUUAUGCUCUUUUCCCAUCCAGUACAAAUAAUUGAGAGUUGCCUGUAUUCUUGAAGCAUAUAAAGGGGGGAAAAUGUAGCAUAGAAUUUGGCUGUCUCAAAAAGAAAACUUUGGGUUUCAUUCACUACUGAAAUCUGAACUAGUAGAAAAAAUCAGCUAUCUUAAAAUUUUGAUGAACAUAUGCAUUGUUUUUGUUACUUUUUAUUUCAAAUACUUUAUUAGGGCUGAAUCAUCUUAACACUCCAGUGGAUAGUUCUAUGAUCAAUUCAAAUUUAAAUAAUGUCCAAAGUGUAACUUUAGUGUUAUACUUUGUGUUUUAGACUCUCUGGUUUUGAAUUAUUAAGAAAGAUGCUUUCUUUGUCCCUCUUCCCAAAUGUUAUGUUAUUCUCUCACAUGUGAAAAAAGAAAUUAUUCCAAAAUUUUAGGGAACUACAAAAACUCUUUGAAAAAGUCUUCUCCAUUUUGGAAAUUAAUGCUUCUAUUUACAAAAAAAGGAAAAAUAUAAUUGAAAUCUCAUUUUAAAAUAUUUAAAAACAUACAUGCUAUGAAAUAUUCAGUUUCUUAAAAAUGGGACACAGCUUCUUUAAAUCUUUUGUUUCAGGCCAUAUUUGAUUUGGUGAAACUUUUAAAAACAAGAAUCAACUUUGAAUUUUACUUAAGAGCAUUUGUAUUGCUGUCUCUGACUGUCAUGGAAAGUUCUGUGAUUGUAUGGUGUUUCUGGUUUUAAUUUUUCAUCUGUACCACAGUCAAAUUAGCUACCAUUUCCCCUUUCCUUGGGCUUUCUGUAGAUCAGUGGAUGUUAGGUUUAAACUUCUGUUUUCUUUGAUGAAGCUUUCAAUAAAAAAUGAAAAUAAAAUCAA